CACCGCCUCUGUUCGCCGCCGGCCCGUCGCUUCGUUUCCAGUCCAUUCUCUUCGCCGCCGCAUCAGAGGCAUCACCAAUGGCCUCGCGGCUCCGGCUCGGCCAGCCCGUCCCGAACCCAGCCUCCACGACCGACCCCGAGGAGGCGAAUGAGGGAGAGGGAGGAGAAGCGAGGAAGCCGGAGCCAAAGCGGCCGGAGGUGACGGACCUGGGAGGCGGGAGCGAGGUGUGGCACAUCCCGCGGUUCAUGGCGCGGGAGGCGGCGUGGGAGGUGUUCGAGGAGCUGGACAAGCGCAUCCCGUGGACGCGCCCCACCAUCCGCGUCUUCGGCCGCGCCUCCGUCCAGCCCAGGGAUACAUGCUAUGUUGCCGAUGAAGGGCUAAAAGAUCUCAAGUACAGCGGUCACCAGCCUCGUGCUCAUUCUUGGGAUGAAUUCCCUGUGCUCAAGGAUAUUUUGAAAGCGGUCCAUGAAGCCCUCCCAGGAAGCUAUUUUAACAGCCUGCUCCUGAACAGAUACAAGGCCGGUUCGGACUACGUGUCAUGGCACGCCGACGAUGAGCCGCUCUACGGACCUACUCCCGAGAUAGCGUCGGUUACAUUCGGAUGCGAGCGCGAGUUCUUGCUGCGAAAGAAGCCUACCAAAACACAAGCAGUUGCUGCUGGAUCUGGAGAAUCGGUCAGGAAGAGGCUAAAGAUCGACGACCCUCAGCAGCAUUCUUUCCUCCUGAAGCAUGGCUCGCUGCUCGUGAUGAAAGGCUACACCCAACGCGACUGGCAGCACUCGGUGCCGAAGCGUGCCAAAGCAGCCUCGACAAGGAUCAACCUCACUUUUCGGCACGUGCUAUCAUGAAAAACAUGAACAGUUUGCUUGGUCUCCCACAAGUUUUGUGGUCUUGUAAAUGUAUCACAUUUCGUUUGGAAACCACUAGUAAAUGAUCAAGCCCGUUCUUAUGAUUAUUAAA